UAAUGGCAGAAAAGCUUUAAACCUAUGGUAUAAUAAUCUCUAAACAUUAGCAAAUAGAGAAGAACAACUAGUAAAUACAGAUAAUAGAGCUGAAUUUUCAUUAGGAAAAUUUACUCCUAUUGAAUUAGAAUGGGACAAACUUAUUAUUAAUGCAACUAUUAAAGUUGGAAAAGUAUAUUUAUUCAUAAUUUAUUUAUAGAUUAGCACUUAAAAGUGUUUGUUAAAUAAUCUUAAAGGAGUAAUGAAACCAGCACAUUUCACUGCAAUUCUUGGUCCUUCUGGAUCAGGCAAAACUACUCUUUUAAACUUUCUCUCUGGUCGUUUAAUAUCUGACAAUUUACAAAUAUCUGGAGAACUUAUGUUAAAUGGAAAAAGAAUAGAAGAUAUUGAUAAAUUCAAUGAUUAAAUGGCAUAUGUUAUGUAAGAUGAUAUAUUACUUGCAACAUUCUCACCAAGAGGUACAAUAACUAUAAAUACUUUUAGAGGCCUUUUACUUUUCAGCUAAUAUGAGAUUAACAAUAUCUGCAGAAGAAAAACAAUAGAGAGUAGAAGCUCUGAUCAGAGAGUUGGGUAUUACAAAAUGUGCAGAUACCAGAGUAGGAAAUACUUAAAUUAGAGGUGUAUCAGGAGGUGAAAGAAAGAGAGCAAGUAUUGGUGUAGAAUUAUUGACAAAUCCAAGUUUGAUAUUUCUUGAUGAACCAACUACUGGUUUAGAUUCCUCUACUGCCUUAUAAGUUAUUGAUCUAUUAAAAAGAUUGGCAAAGAAUGGAAGAACUAUUGUCAGUACUAUUCAUUAACCUUCAUCUGAAAUCUUUAACAAUUUUGAUAGACUUAUGCUUUUAGUCAGAGGAAAUAUUAUUUAUUAAGGAGAUGCUGAAUAAGCUAUUAAUUAUUUUGCAAAUAUGGGCUUUUAAUGUCCUAAUUUUUCAAAUCCUUCAGAUUAUUUUAUGAAAUUAAUGAAUGAAGAAGGUCUUUUAGUAGAGAAAAUAUAGGCAGGAGAAUCUGAAGAUUUUGAUGAAGCUAAAAUCAAAGAAGAAUUUGAAGAAAGACUUUAAUAAUUUAUAAAUAAUUAUUAUUCUUCGAAUAUGAUUAGAGAAUUACAAUCAAGUGAAAAUGCUGUGAUCAAAGAAAAUGAUUCUGGAUUUCAUAUUGGAUUUAUUUAAUAAUUUGUUUUGAUCUACUAAAGAUCCUUUUUAAAUGAAAUUAGAAAUCCAAUGGAUGUUAAAUUAAAAAUAUUUUAAUCAAUUGUUAAUGCAAUCAUGCUUAUGUUAGUUUAUUCAGAUGUAAAUAUUAAUCAUAAUAUUAUAGUUAGGAAAAUAUAAUGAAGGAUUAUAAAAUCGUUUCGGAGCACUCUUUUUUAUUUGUACAGCUAAUGCAUUUGGAGGAAUCUAAGGCGCUCUUCAUACAUUCUCAAUGGAAAGACCUUUAUUUUUAAGAGAAAGAAUAAAUAAAACUUAUAGUGUACAUUCAUUCUUUUGGGCAAGAUCUUUGGCAGAAUUUCCUUUUUAGAUUUUAUAUCCAUCUCUUUGUGUUAUCAUUGUUUAUUAUGUUAUUGGAUUAAGUGAUAUUAAUGUUGGAAAAUUCUUCAUGUUAAUAUUUAUUUAAUUCUUAACAUAUCAAUAUGCAGUAUCAUAUGGAUUACUUUUAUCAACAAUAAUACCAAAAAUAGAAGUUGCUACUGCAUUAGUUCCUGCUUUAGUUAUUCCUUUUAUGAUAUUAGGUGGAUUUUUUGUCAAUCAAGAUAAUAUUCCUUAUAUUUUCUAUCCAUUCACUUAUUUAUCAAUGUUUAAAUAUGGAUUUGAAGCUUCAGUUAUUGUAAUAUUAUUUUCUUAUUAUUUAAUAGAAUGAGUUUGAUGAUGUAAAUUAUGAAUGUUUACCAGGAUAAGUAUGCAAUCCUGUAGAAAUGUUAUCAAUUACUCUAUCUAUAUGGGAAUGCUGUUACAUUUUAAUAGGAUUGGCUGUUGGAAUUAGAAUGAUUGCCUAUUUAGCUCUUCAUCUCAUUUCUAGUCCUGAAAAACCAAAACUUAGAUCACCUGAAAGCAUGUAGAUUAUGAAUAAUCAAAAUUGAUUU